AUGUCGCUGACCCGACGCCAACUCUUGGCUCACGCCAACGAGGAGUUUACCCAAGCCUACAACGCUGGACCGUACACCUCGUACAAACAAAUCGAGCUCCUUCUCAACAUAUCCGGUAAGUCCAUCGCAGAUCUCGUCGCGGACCCAAAGGGAACCUUUGAAAACCUGACGUACGAGACAAUUCUAGAUGUUUGUGAGACAGGUGGGCCUAAUGUCAAGGCUACUUGGAUGGGCAAAGCGGGACGAUGCACCGCGACGUCGAUGAAGGUCGCCGAACGCUUGGUUGUCAAGUACCCAGGAGGAAACUACGACUUUGAGAUCUUCCACGUGCCUCUUGCUAAGGGUGGACAUCGCUUUGCGCGCUGUUCCUUUUCAGGAAUCGUGAUUGAUCUGGUAUCCAACAUCGGCGCCUUCUUCUUACCCGACAACGAAACCGUCACCAUCGGCACCACCGACACGGUGUCCUGGAGACAUGCCCGAGGUAGGAUCUACAUCACUGACGCCGAUGGAAAUGAGCAUCCAUGCGAAAAGGUCAAUGCCAAUAGAGCCCUGGCCCUCUGUCUCUACGAGGUCUCUCGUAGUGCUCAACUGAUUGUGCUCUUUCGAGAACUCGAUCCACAUCUCGUCAACUCGAACAUUGCUGGCACCAGGUACGAGCACGCCAUGUUUGGCCACGGGGCCAUCAAGUGGCACCUCAAGCCCAACACAAUCGAGAACGACGCCACAGUUGCUGGCAUCAAAGAACUGCACCUCAGGCCAUAUAUAGACGAUUCUGACGUGAAGACAAGAAUCGUCUGGGACCAGAGUCAUACUGCUCGGGACAGAGAGGAAUCCGCUAAUGAAGUGCACCAUUUUAUGGCGACACACGGUGGACCCUUUUACAACGAACAGUGGGAAGCUGAUGGUGUCGUCGACUUCUUUGGGCUUAUCUGGCGUGAGCUUUGCGUCAAUUAUGGGAGCCCAAGGGUCGUGGAGCAGGCCGCAACUGAAUAG